AUGAAAUUGAUUUUCAACUCUCUUUUAGCUGUUCCCUUUAAUUCAGAAAUGAAGCAAUACAAAACAAUAUCCAAAUGUUUAGGUGUUAUUCUCACCAGAAUUGCCAUCAGUCUCACUCCUGAUUUUGCCUUAAGACUUUUGUCUUCAGAUUACACCGAAAUUACAGGUUAUGAGUUUGUAAAGAACAAUCAUACUAAUUACUUAAUAACAAACGAAGGAGCUUUGAGUGAGAUAAUGGAAAACCUUAUGAAAAAGAAGCAAGCCAUUUUGAAUAGUCCUUACGUUGGUGCAGUGGCACGUUUCCUCUUGAAUUCGUUACCAGUUAGAAUGACGUAUCUUGAUUUCAUUUUAGAACUGAAUCCAGAAUAUUCAAACUCAUAUGAAUUUAAAGACAAGUUCAAGAAAGCAAUUGGUACAGAAUCCAACAUGGAUAAGUUGUUCUCAAUUAGAGAAAACUAUCCCAAGUUGAGUUUAUCUGUUGACACACAAAUGGUUGCAUUGAUUUUGUCUGAAAAGGUUGAUUUGGAAGAUGAAACAGAAUUGAUCAGAAUUCAAGAACUCAUUGACCAAUCUGAAAUCAAGAAGGAAGACAAACUAAAAGUACUUCUUAGCACCAUGCAAUUGACCGACAAUGAAAAGACUGUAAAGUUUUUUAUCACCAUUGCAAAUUUAUAA